AUGCGCUUUCUGUGUCCGUGGUCCCGGUGCUCGUGUUCUGCGCUGUUGUGGUUUUUUAGCCUCCUAGCGCUGGUGGGCGCAGCGGUGGGCGUUCCGGGGGCGGUGCCACCAUCCAGUGAUCGUUUGGCUACUGGAGUACACGGACCGGUUGGACCCGUGCUCGUGGCACCCCCACCCCCAAAGGAAGUCAACCCUCUCAACAAACAAAAAGUUCAACACGCCGUUUGUGUAAAGUGCAAGUGCACCGCUGAUUUGACUCAGCUCGAGUGCGAUGAGCGUAGCAACAUCACGCAGGUGCCUGUCUUGCCCCAGGAAAUCGCUCGUAAAGUCCUCUCGCUCAAAAUUCGUGGCCUAACGAGUUUCACACACAUCGCGCCCGAACACCUUGUCAACUAUACCCAACUCACACGGAUAGAAAUUAGUGAUACCGGACUGAUAUAUGUUCACGAGAAAGCUUUCGCAGCCAACAAGAAACUCAUUGAAAUAAGGCUGCCAGACAAUGCUCUUCGAUAUUUUCCUUGGCAAGCUAUCUACAAUCUUCAAGCCAUCACAAAAGUGAUCCUUCAGAAAAAUCAACUCGUAUGUAAUUGUAGUGUGGCCUGGAUACCACAGAAGCUCUCCCAGGUUGCAUUUAUGGAUGGCACCGGCGAAGAUGAAGAUCUCCUCUGUCGUUUUGCUGCCAAUGCCACCACCAUUCGUGUCAACAACUUCAAGGAUCCGGAUUGCUAUCCCCCGCAAAUCGAGAUCGUCACAAAUAACGCGACAGCUAGGCAAGAAAACGAUACUUUGAAUUUCACCUGCUCAGCGAGGGGGAAGCCUUCGCCUGAGAUACGCUGGCGCUGGGCCGACGGCUUCGCGCGACAGGACUGUGUCAUCAAAACAUCUGAUUGUUCCGUUGACGGUGCUGAAAAUUACAGGAUCCACGACUCGGACGAGCACGUUUGUAGGAAACUCACGGUGCGAGCUUCGGUCCGAAUGAACCAGAACCUAUUCUGUCUAGCGGAAAACGCCGCCUAUGGACAAAAGAAAGCCAUCAAUGUCACCGUUUUCGCCCCACCCACCGUUAGCAGCUUCCGAUUCGAUCAGAAAAACACAUUCCAUGUCGUGGGUUACGCCUGGCCACUUCCCUUCUACGUCAACUUUACAUUCAACGGAAGCCCUCCGCACAUUCCCGGCAGAUUUCUCACACGUGCUACAAAUGAGACUGGUGCUAUGUGGAAAGCUUCGCUUCAACUCAUGCUCGAUGGGAUCUGGUCGACAUACCAGGGAACUUACGACGUGGUAGCGAACAACACUCUGGGAAGUGUGUCCAGCCGGUUCGCUGGGAAGGGCCCGAGAGGUAACAUCCAAGGAUCAUGCACCGUGGUUGGACAAGGACCCCUAGAGAACCUCCAAUCGAAAGACAGCCCCAGCUGGCUUUGGGCCCUCGGCAUCGCCACAGGCGGGCUCGUCCUUGUGUUGACCUCGUUGUUGGGCUUUAAGUUCUACCACAUGCGCCGCGACGGCGCUCGGAGCGGAUACGCCAACCGUACCCACGAUUCUUCGACACUUGUGUUUCUGCUCUGCUGGAUGUGCGACGCAUUCCGACCGGCUAGAGACAGGAUGUUUGCGCAGAAUGGCAGCGGAGACAAGCACUCUUUGAGGGUUAUAUCUAGGGAGCGAAUCCCGCUGAACAUGACUACCAAGAUGGUGGACAAUCCCAACUAUCCCGCUAGUCUGUUCCAGGAUAACAGCCAUGACGCCGCAAAUCGAUCCGAAGUGAAACACAUUGCACGUGAGAAAAUCUCCUUCCUGCAACAACUGGGAGAAGGCGCCUUUGGACGGGUGUUCCUGAGCAGCGUUGAAUACCUCACACCGACCGAACCUAGGACCCUGGUUGCUGUGAAAACGCUGAAAGACGAGUCUGGUGAGGAUCGUGCCGCGUUCGACCGCGAAGCCGAGCUCCUGACCGCGCUGCGUCACGAGAACAUCAUCACAUUCUUUGGGGUUUCCACUGAUAGAGAUCCCUACAUGAUGCUCUUCGAGUACAUGGAGCAUGGAGAUCUCAACAAUUUCCUCAGGAAUAGAGCGCCGGACGGGCUCGUGGUCUCAUCCCCGGCGAAGCCGUUCUGCCCUCUCACUAGACUCAAUUUAUUAGACAUCUCAUCGCAGAUCGCCUCCGGUAUGGAGUACCUUGCUUCCCAGCAUUUUGUGCACAGGGAUCUGGCCACACGAAACUGCUUGGUUGGGGAGAAGCUGGUAGUCAAAAUCGGAGACUUUGGUAUGAGUCGAGACGUGUACAGCACCGAUUAUUAUAGAGUUGGACGUCAAACGAUGCUGCCGAUUCGCUGGAUGCCUCCUGAGAGCAUACUCUAUCGGAAAUUCAGCGUCGAAUCUGACGUGUGGAGUUUCGGUGUCGUUCUAUGGGAGGUGUUCACUCACGGCAAACAGCCGUGGUAUGAGUACUCGAAUCCCGAGGUAAUCCAACAAGUCACGAAGAAUGCGGUGCUGCCUCAGCCAGCCGAAUGUCCGUUGGAAAUUUAUCAGAUCAUGUUGACGUGCUGGCGGCCGCAGCCCCAUGAACGCGCACGCAUCAAGGACAUCCGUCAAAGACUCGAACAAUUCCUCACCAACGAAUCACAAUACAUUCCCAUACUAGAAGAGAUCGAGACCCCUGAUACGCAACCGCUGAAUCCGUACGUCGACCAGCAGAGCGACCUCAAACCCUAA